AUGGAACUUGCUGAAGAAUUGAAACUGGAAAACCAGACCAUGGUGACUGGCUUCAUCCUGAUGGGGUUCUCCCACCUUGCCAAACUGCAGCUCCUACUCUUUGUAGUAGUUUUGCUCAUGUUUCUUUCAGCCUUGACAGGGAAUUCUCUCAUUGUGAUCAUCACAACUACUGACCCUGCCCUCCACACCCCGAUGUAUUAUUUGCUCAAGAACCUGGCCCUGAGUGAAAUCUGCUUCACCUUAGACAUAGUUCCCAAAAUGCUGAUGAAUUUGCUUGUGGAGAGGAAAGUCACCAGUUUUUAUGGCUGUGCCCUGCAGCUCCACUUGGUCAUACACUUAAUCACCUCUGAGUGUCUUCUGUUGGGUAUCAUGGCAUAUGACCGCUAUGUGGCCAUAUGUCAUCCAUUGCGUUAUGCCACUGUCAUGAACAAGAGGGUGUGCCUUCAGAUGGUGAUUGCAUGCUGGCUUUCAGGAAUCCCGGUGGCAAUAGUGCUCGCUGUCUGGUUAUUUAGCUUCUCUUUCUGUGGCUCAACUGAAAUUAACCAUUUCUUUUGUGACAUUGCCCCAGUUUUGGAGCUGGUCUGUUCAGGCACAUCUUUCUUUGAACUUCUGGUUUUUGUAGCCACUGUUGCAAUAAUGUUGUUCCCAUUUAUCUUGAUAUCUGUUUCCUACAUCUGUAUCAUCCACACUAUCCUCCAGAUGCCAUCAGCUGAGAGCAGACACAGGGCGUUCUCCAUUUGCACUGCUCACCUGGUGGUGGUGACCCUGUUUUACUGUACAACCUGUUUAAUUCACUUAAAGCCUAAGUCCAGCCUCUCACCCAACAGCAAAAAGUUGGUGUCUCUAUCUUACACAGUGGCCACGCCGAUGUUGAACCCCAUUAUAUAUAGCCUGAGGAAUAAAGAGGUUAAAGAAAGUCUGAAGAGAUCAUUUGGAAGAAUUUCUUCACAGAUGAUAUCACUUCCCAGGUGCGUUUUUUGUUUCUUAUUGCAUGUAUUUGUGUGA